AUUUGGGCAUGUCAAAAAUGCUUUGACGUGUCUCGUAGGGUUGAUUUAAUUUUUGUGAGUUUAAGUAUUUUGUGCAAUGAUUUCGUAUUAAUAGGAUUUAAUCGUGUUCUAGUAAUAAAUAAAGAAUUAGUGCAAAAUGGAUUUUCUAAAAAGCGGUCUGAAGACCGUGCUGGGUGCACCGGAACCUGGCCACCAACCUUCUGGAGCAGAGAUUGUGGAACGCUUAGUAGACCGGGUGAACAACUCGACGCUGCUAGAAGAUCGACGCGAUGCGUGUCGUGCACUCAAAGCGAUGUCGCGCACCUACCGUGUCGAAGUCGGUGCACAAGGAAUGGACACUCUCAAACAGGUACUGGAGUUGGACCGAGCUGACAACGAAACUAUAAACUAUGCCUUAGACACCCUCAACAACGUAAUGUCACCGACACAGUUUGAGGAGGAAGAGACCAACCCUCGCGUCCCCUUGAACAUCGGGGAGCAGUUCACAGAAAUGUUCAUCAAAGACCAUCACAAUAUACAAUUAGUGCUCGAUCUACUAGACGAGUAUGACUUCAGAGUCCGACUCUCCGCAGUACAACUGCUCACAUCACUCCUCACAAACAGACCAAAAGACAUACAAGAAAUUAUCCUAGUCAAACCCAUGGGCGUAUCAAAGAUGAUGGACCUUCUUGGAGAUACAAGGGAAGUGAUCAGGAACGAAACUCUACUCUUACUAAUAAAGUUAACCAAAGGUAACGCGAAUAUACAGAAGAUUGUAGCAUUUGAAAACGCUUUCGAUAGAUUGUUCGAAAUAGUGUCGACGGAAGGUUACUCUGACGGUGGAAUUAUUGUGGAAGACUGUUUGCUACUGAUGUUGAAUCUAUUAAAGAAUAAUAGCAGUAAUAUAAACUUCUUUAAGGAAGGCAGUUACAUACAGAAGAUGUUGCCUAUGUUUAACACUCCUGACGAGUCUGAGGAAGCUGGCUGGUCGCCACAGAAGGUCUCCAACGUACACUGUAUGCUGCUUAUCGUCAGGACUUUGGUCUCUCCCAGCAACUCCGCACAAAUUAUCUCUAGUUGUCAGAAAAUUAUGAAAAACGUUGGCCUGUUGGAUGCUCUCUGUAACAUUCUAAUGUCGAGUGGAGUGCCCGCGGAUAUCCUCACGGAGACUAUCAACACAGUAGGGGAGGCAGUGAGGGGGGAUGUGACUAACCAGGAGUUCCUAGGCAACGUGAUGGCGCCCUCCAACCCUCCGCGACCAGCUAUCGUAGUAUUACUUAUGUCUAUGGUUAAUGAGAAGCAGCCUUUCUCUUUAAGAUGUGCAGUCCUAUACUGCUUCCAAUGUUACCUGUACCACAACGAGAUGAGUCAAGCCGGCCUGGUGCAAACAUUACUACCGUCUUCUUCAGACAUGUCAUCGUUAACAAGCGGGCAGCUUCUAUGUGGUGGUUUAUUCUCAUCGGAUGUGCUCUCCAACUGGUUCUCAGCUGUAGCCCUGAUGCAUGGCCUGAUAGAUAACCCAGCACAGAAGGAACAGCUCCUCAGGGUGUUACUGGCUACCAAUAUUGGCAGCUCACCCGUGUCACUGCUCCAUCAAUGUACUCUGCUCCUGCAACAGACUACUAAGCUUAAAUCUAAGGUGGGUCUCCUAAUGCUGCUAUGUACAUGGCUAAGCUACUGCCCGGCUGCAGUAGCGGGGUUCUUGCGAACGAACGCAGUGAGCUGGCUGGUGGCGCAGACGUGCUCGGCGGAGCACGACGACAACGAGUACCUGCUGCAAGGACUCUCCGCGUUCCUGCUCGCCAUUUGUAUACACUUCAAUGAUGAUACCGUUGACAAUUAUUCUAAGGAGUCCCUCCGCCAGCUCCUGACGAAGCGUAUAGGCGUGGAAGUGUUGACAUCGAAGCUGUGCGAAGUGUCGCGGCACGAGCUGUACAACGUGGCGGCCAAGCACCCCCAGCUCCGCGCCAAGCUACCCGCCGACGUGCUUAUAGACUACGAGUUCUGUCGACUCUUCAAGUUGUUAGAAAGUGUAGUCGUCCAAAGCCUAUCAGAGCGUCGGCCGGAGAACGGCGCAGGGUCCCCGGCGACGGAACGGGCGUCCCCUGAGGACGGCACCCUGCAGCAGUACAAGACCCUCAUUCGCCAGCAGGACGCCUGUCUCCAGGAACUUAGGCAAGAACAACAGGCGCUGGUGCAGGAGAACCAGAAUCUGAAGGCAUCUCUAAACGACUCACUUUCAGCGAUCUCCCACCUGAAGGACGAGAACACACUAUUAAGAGCACAAAUGUCGGCUGCAACGGCAAUACCUAGUCAGGCUCCCCCUCCCCCCACUCUUGACGACUCCAGGGUCCAAGAAUACGAGGCCAAGCUCCAAGGUCUGUCUGCUGAGGUGACCAGGCUCUCCGGAGAAUUAAAAGCUAGUCAGGAAGGUCAGAAAGCUAUGGCUGAGGAGCUGGAGAAGAUUAAAAAAGAUCAGGAUGAUCUAUUGGAGUUACUUGCUGAUCAGGAUAUAAAGUUAAACGACUACAAGAUGCGACUUCUGUCGCUGGGCCACCCUGUGGAGGAUGAACUGGCGGGCCCCGCGCCGGCCCCGACGCCGGGGGCGGGCCCUGCGCACGCGCAGCUCUCGUGAUGUCUGCGCCCGCGCACCGUCAGUACUGCGCGAGGGAGCUGGCGGCUGAUUCCAGCAGGGAAUAGCGUAGACAGGAUUUAGGACUAAACACUACUGCCUCUAUAUAUAAUAAUUACUAUAAUACUUCUGAUUACGAUUUCUAGGACUCGAAUUUUGAGUCGUGCAAAGUAUAGAAAUAGCUAGUUUGGACAUUCACUUAGUAUGUGGCUACUAAAGUAAGUUCCCGUUUUGCAUACAAUUUGGGAUUAUCUGCGAAAACCAAGUUUAAUCAUUGUGCCGCUACAUCAUUGAGAAAGAUAUGCAUGAUUUGUUCUGUACAAAAUAAUAAUAAAAUAACUUAUUAAUCUCUCCUUCUCACCUUUUGGUUGAAUAUAAAACCCUACACAUUCAAAAUCUGUUAUAACGACAUCGAAGGGACUACUUAUCAUCAUCAUCAGCCUGAUUAAAGAGUAAAUAGGUCUGAAUCAACAAAAAAAAUCUAGGUUAUGAAUAGUUGCGGUAGCUCAGUACUGUUUGCUAAUUUUAUUACUUUAGUCAAUUUAUUUAGAAGUACCCCAAUGUCUGCAUGCGGUAAAGAUAUUGUAUAAUGUAUAAGUUGAUAAUGUACUUAUAAAGUGGUACAUUUGUGCCUACAAAGUGCAAUGUUACAAUGUCUGUUUGGAGUUUUCCCUCGGCAUCAAGCUAGUUUAGAAGCCAUCUCACUCGUGCAUUACCUACAGAAUAAAGAAUAUUUAUAAUAUAUGUCAGUAAUAUAUUUCGAUAUUGUUAAGAUAAUAUUGUGAUUUGAAUGUAAAAAUGUAUGAAAUAUAAAGUUACGAUGCGUUUUGUUCAGAAAUUGUUUCAAUUUCCCUGCCAAUAUGCCUCGAA